GCUCCGGAGAGACCCUGACAGCUUGUGGAUCCGCAUUUCCUCAGCUGAUCGGCGGAGGAGCCGCUGGCCGAUUUCUCUUCCGCAUUAAGUGUCCCGCAGACGUCAUCAGGAGGACGAUAACCGGGAUCAUCCAGAAGCAAAAUAAAAGCAUUUACUGGUCGUUUUUUAGGGAGGAUUGAAAGAAACACUGAAGCGAAAGAAGUAUUUAUUAAAAGUUGAGGACUUAUCCUAUACUGCCUCUACAUGCGUUUUUACAACGAAUAAUUUGCAUUUUCUUCAUCAGACGAUCGACUGUUAAUCACUGAAAUAAAUUCAAAGAGCAAUUUAAAAGAGACAAAACGUGUGCCACUUUUUAACAUUUGACUGGAAAUUCCAAACCCGAGACUGCUGUUGUGUUCCGGAGAUAUUUUCAAGUUCUAGCUUGCUUGUCUGGAGGCAUUCUGUGCAGUGCAGCUGAAGUGGGUAAAGCGCUCUUGGGAAAAGAAUUAUGCGUGGGAUCUGAGAUCAAGUAUUCAGUUGGUGUGGGACACCUAAAACAAUGGCGCUUAACUUACCUGCGCCCCGGCUAAAUACUUAAAAAAAGUUGUUAACUGGCGGCGGAAAACGAAUACAAGAAGCCAGCGACUUUUCGAAGGCUUUAAUUUCGUUGUGAAUCGCUAGCGCCGUGUCAGCUACUUUCAUGGAGAUUGGCUCGUCUCAGCCCGGCGCGGAAUCAGGAGGGGAUCAUGCUACGGGUAAUGCUACAGGGACCGGGGAAAGAGCUGAAAUCAACAGUCCGUGCCCCCCGUCAAAACAGAGAUCACUACGCGUGGUGUACGUUCUCAACGACGGACUGAAAGCGGUGGCUGCCAACAGUCCGGAAUCGGGAGCCUUGCAGUGUUUACAGAGGGCAUGCGAUGCAGAGAGCGCUAUCCUGGCAACUGUCACCUUCGGUCGCCUAGACUUCGGGGAGACCUCCGUGCUGGACACCUUUUAUGAUGCAGAUAUUGCUGUGGUGGACAUGAGUGAUGUGUUCAGGCAGCCAUCACUGUUUUAUCACCUUGGAGUGCGAGAAAGUUUUGACAUGGCAAAUAAUGUCAUCCUUUACCAUGACACUGACCCUGACACUUCUCAGUCACUUAAGGACAUGGUCUCUCAGAAAAACACAGCGGCAGGUUCAAGUCCCGCAGGCUUCUCGUGGGUCCAUGUGCCUCCUGAGUAUCAUAAUUGUUUUCGAGGCAAAGCAUCCAGUGGAAAUUAUUAUUUUAUUCCAUAUGUGAUGACUCCAAACAAUGAAUACAUGUGCUGUGAGAAUGAUGCACAGAGGAGAGCUUCAGAGUACAUGCAGCCAAGUUGGGAUAAUUUACUGGGACCACUGUGCUUACCGCUCAUGGACAGAUUCAUCAGUCUUUUAAAGGAUAUUCAUGUAACCUCCUGUGCCUCUUACAAAGAUACUUUAUUGAAUGAUAUAAGGAAAGCCAGAGACAAAUAUCAAGGAGAGGAACUUGCCAAAGAGCUUUCAAGAAUUAAGCUGAGGAUAGAUAAUACAGAAGUUCUUACUCAAGACAUUGUUAUGAAUCUGCUGUUUUCAUACAGAGAUAUACAGGACUAUGAUGCUAUGGUUAAGCUGGUGGAGACUCUGGAGAUGCUUCCCACCUGUGACUUGGCUACUCAGUAUAUGAUUCAGUUUCAUUACGCAUUUGCCCUCAACAGGAGGAACAGCCCAGGCGAUAGAGAGAAGGCUCUGCGUGUCAUGUUACAAGUCUUACAGUCCUGUGAUCACCCAGCCCCUGAUAUGUUUUGCCUUUGUGGAAGGAUCUAUAAAGACAUAUUCCUUGACUCAGACUGUAAAGAUACCAAAAACAGGGACAAUGCUAUUCAGUGGUAUCGUAAAGGAUUUGAACUACAGCCAACUUUGUAUUCAGGAAUAAAUCUGGCUGUGUUGCUCAUUGUUGCUGGUCAGCAAUUUGAAAGCUCAAUGGAACUUCGAAAGAUAGGAGUGCGGUUGAACAGUCUUUUGGGCAGAAAAGGAAGCCUGGAGAAAAUGAACAAUUACUGGGAUGUUGGUCAGUUUUUCACUGUCAGCAUGUUAGCAAAUGAUAUUUCCAAAGCUGUACAGGCAGCAGAGAAACUGUUUAAAUUAAAACCUCCAGUCUGGUACCUUCGUUCUGUUGUUCAGAACCUACAGUUAAUUCAGCGCUUUAAGAAACAAAAUACAGAACAUUCUCCUCAGAAGGAGCGCCUUAGUUUUUGGAUGGAUAUCAUAGUGGAGGCAACCAAAGAGACUACAAAUGGCCUGAGGUUUCCAGUUUUAAUCCUUGAACCCACCAAAAUCUAUCAGCCAUCCUAUGUUUCAAUCAACAGUGAAGCUGAAGAGAAGAAUGUUUCCAUAUGGCAUGUGUCUCCAGCAGAAACGAAGGGUAUUCAUGAGUGGAAUUUUACAGCCACUUCAAUAAAAGGAAUCAGUAUAUCAAAGUUUGAUGAACGGUGCUGUUUCCUUUAUGUUCAUGACAAUUCAGAUGACUUCCAGAUCUACUUUUCUACAGAAGAUCAGUGCGCCAGAUUUUGUUCCAUGGUAAAGGAGGUGAUUUCAGAUGGAUCUGGCAAUGCUGUUGAACUGGAAGGUGAAGGGGAUGGUGAUACACUAGAGUAUGAAUAUGACUACAAUGAAAAUGGUGACCGAGUGGUUCUGGGGCGAGGUACGUAUGGAGUGGUUUAUGCUGGAAGAGACCUCAGUAAUCAAGUCCGCAUUGCCAUUAAGGAGAUACCAGAGCGAGACAGUAGGUACUCUCAGCCUCUGCACGAAGAGAUUGCCCUUCACAAAUAUCUGAAACACCGCAAUAUCGUGCAGUACCUGGGUUCGGUGUCAGAAGAUGGAUACAUUAAGAUUUUUAUGGAACAAGUUCCUGGAGGAAGUCUUUCUGCAUUGCUCAGAUCAAAGUGGGGCCCGCUGAAGGAAUCAACAAUAAUAUUUUACACCAGACAAAUCUUGGAGGGACUUCGGUAUCUUCAUGAAAAUCAGAUUGUACAUCGAGAUAUUAAGGGUGAUAAUGUCCUUGUGAACACAUACAGUGGAGUUCUAAAGAUAUCUGAUUUUGGAACUUCAAAAAGACUGGCUGGUGUAAAUCCAUGUACUGAAACAUUUACAGGAACAUUGCAAUAUAUGGCACCAGAGAUUAUUGAUAAAGGCCCUCGAGGGUAUGGUGCUCCAGCUGACAUCUGGUCUCUAGGGUGUACAAUUAUAGAAAUGGCUACUGGGAAGCCACCAUUUCAUGAGCUGGGAGAACCUCAAGCUGCCAUGUUUAAGGUUGGAAUGUUUAAAAUUCACCCUGAAAUUCCAGAAUCCCUUUCAACUGAGGCGAAGUCCUUCAUCUUGCGCUGCUUUGAGCCAGACCCCAACAAGCGUGCAACUGCUACAGAUCUCCUUAAAGAUUCUUUUGUCAGGCAUAAUGUCAAAGGAAAAAAGAAUAAAAUUGCAUUUAAACCCUCAGGUAUGUAUAACUACCUUCGAAGUGUGUCUCUACCUAUCCAGAUGCAGGGUGAGAACGCAGGUAGCAGCAGUAGUGAGCAUGGCUCAAUCUCACCAGACUCAGAUUCUAAGCAUGAUGUGUUCUUUGAAAAGAAGAAAAGGUCUAGUUCGGAAAACCUUAUCAAACCACCAAGUUCAAACUUCCUGAGUGUCCCCGAUGAUAGCUCAGUGUCAGAAGAUCGGAGUGCUCCACCUUCACCAGAGGACAGAGACUCUGGUUUGUUCUUGUUGAAGAAAGACAGUGAGAGAAGAGCUAUUCUCUAUAAAGUCCUCAAUGAAGAUCAGGAUAAAGUUAUUUCCAAUUUAAUGGAAAACCAUAUACAGGGGACUGAAGAAUUGAAGCUGUCAGUUGAUCACAUUAAACAGAUCAUCUGCAUUUUAAGGGACUUCAUACGUUCUCCUGAGCGAAGAGUCAUGGCAACCACAAUUUCUAAACUGAAGUUAGACCUCGAUUUUGAUAGCACUUCAAUCAACCAGAUCCAGCUGGUUUUAUUUGGAUUUCAGGACUCUGUCAACAAGGUUCUACGAAACCAUCACAUUAAGCCACAUUGGAUGUUUGCAAUGGACAACAUCAUCCGAAGAGCAGUCCAAGCUGCAGUGACCAUUCUUAUACCUGAGCUUCAGACUCAUUUUGGCCCAGCCUCAGAGAGUGAAGGGGUGGACAAGGAUGCAGAUGAAGUGGAGGAAGAUAAUGAGUUCCAGCCAGCCGAGCAAAAUACGGCAGAAGAUCCAGUACUCACGUCAGGGGUUAGCACGUUGAGUUCAGUGAUAUCCCAGGAGCCCCAACGUCCACAGCAUCCACUGGGGAUGCAGCUUGGCAAACUUAAACAAGAAACCAACAGGCUACUAGAAGAUCUAGUUCAGAAGGAGAAAGAGUAUCAGCAGCUUCUUCGGCAGACACUACAACAGCGAAGUCAGGAUAUGGAACUCAUUAGGAUCAGCUCCAAACCCAUUGAUAUCCCCCCACCUUCCAUAUUUCAUAUACCUGCAGAGCAGGAAAUGGACAAAGAGUUGGUGACCUGGCUGAAAGAUCAAGGAGCAGACACAGACACAAUUGAAAAGUUUGUUGCGGAGGACUACACACUCCACGAUGUGCUCAAUGAGGUGACGAAGGAGGACUUGCGAUACCUGCGGCUGAGGGGAGGAAUUCUGUGCAAAAUAUGGCGAGCCGUACAGAAACACAGAAGCAAAGAACUCCGAAAACAGCAGAUGGCCAAGAAUCUGGACAUUUGAUAAAGAUGCGUACUGGCCUGCUCUGCUGUCAGCAGGAUGGAAGACCAAAAAGCACCAGAAGUGCUCUCUGAACUUUUAAAUGUGCCUUGUCGAUUCUGUAGAAUGAGAUCCGCUGUGCCUCACGACUUCCUCGUCCUGUCGUAUUUUCUUGUUGCUUUCAUUCUUCCUUUAUGUUCCAAAGUGUACAACUCCUUGAAAUUGCAAGUCAAGCCAUUGAGAUGUGGCUGAAUGAAACAAGCUGGCUCUAU